AUGCCACCACAGUCUGCCAGCAAGGAUUCUAGGAAGACCGCCAGCAAGGCGAAAGCUACUCGCAGCAUGGACAAGAAGCACAAAAGAAGGCAAAAGAAAAACUAUUUUAUAUACAUAAAAAAAGUGCUGAAUCAAGUUCAUCCGGGCACGGGCACUAGAGGCAAAUCCAUGUUAAUAAUGCUUUCGUUUGUCAAUGACAUCUUUGAAUAA